AUGGACAAGGUAAUGGAAUACAAGGACAAGGUCUCGGCCAAGCUCGAGCAGUACGAGAAGCUUGUGGAGCUCGAAAAACAGACGGGCGUGGACAAGUUUUACAUCUUCUGCGCCGUGACGCUGAUCGCCGGCGUUGUGCUGUUUGUGGCGGGCGGCGAGGAGCUCGUGGUGGGGCUCGUGGGCUUUAUCUACCCGGCGUACAUGUCGUUCAAAGCCAUUAACACUCCUGGCCCCGUGGACGACACGCAGUGGCUCACGUACUGGGUCGUGUAUGCGUUUUUCAACCUCACGGAGUCCAUUACGGACUUGGUGCUGUCGUGGAUCCCCUUCUAUUUUUUCAUGAAGGUUGCCUUCUUGGUGUGGAGCUACCACCCCAGUACUCAGGGCUCUAAUGUGAUUUACAAUACGCUCAUUAAGCCGUACGUAGCCCCGCACGUGGGCCAGAUUGACUCGGCGCUCAAACGUGGAGAGGAUGCUGCCAAGGACCUAGCAGCCAAGGUUCAAGACAAGUCGGAAUAA